CUCGCCCUUUCUCCCUCGGUUUCUCUCUCGCUCUCUCUGGAUUAUUGGAUGUCUACGUCUCACAGUCUGGCUCUCAUUCAUGUUGGCUGCUGCUCUCUGGUGCGCAGGAAGCCGUCGAGCUGAGCUUUCGGUCCGGUGGCGGUUCUGCAUCCGCCAGCCAUCUCGGCCGGGAAUGGAAAUGUCUGCACCUCUCUUACUUCCGCGACGUCUUUAAUGAGUUUUUAUCCAGGCACAAAUAACGUUGAGGACUGUUUGAACCACUGGAGGCGGACAAAGUUGAAGAGGAGCCAAAAAAGCAAAAGAGCAGGGCUGCCCUAGUUCUCUGAAAAGCUGGAAGUGGAUUAAACACCUGAGAGAGACAGAACAAAACUCUAAAGCCUCCCUUUUCAUCACAGUCAUGCCUUCACCUGUCGUUUUCAACAUUUUCCUCCUGCUCCUCCCCCUGUCCAUGACCUCCUGUUCUCUUUCCGUUGCCCCUCUCAUGUCUUUCUCCCCACCAGAAGGGGGGCUGACACAUUUGGUGGUCCAUAAUAAAUCAGGAGAGAUUUACCUUGGAGCCAUCAACUGGAUCUACAAGCUGUCGAGCAACCUCACCAAGCUCCGAAGCCACGUUACUGGUCCUGUGACAGACAAUCCUCGGUGUUACCCUCCGCCUGGUGUCCAGUCGUGCCCCCAUGAGCUAGUGCAGACUCCCAAUAUAAAUAAACUUCUGCUGCUUGAUGAUGUCCACAACCGCUUAAUUGCCUGUGGGAGUACUUCCCAGGGAAUUUGCCAGUUCCUCCGUCUGGAUGAUUUAUUCAAACUCGGCGAACCCCACCACCGUAAGGAGCAUUAUCUAUCCAGUGUUGCUGAGGCAAGCACCAUGUCUGGGGUAGUCAUCUACCCAGAUGCUUUUGGCGGGGGUGGGAAACUUUUUGUUGGCACUCCCAUCGAUGGGAAGUCAGAGUACUUUCCAACUCUGUCGAGUCGCAAAUUAAUGUCCAACGAGGAGAAUGCCGACAUGUUCAGCUUUGUCUACCAGGAUGAGUUUGUAUCCUCGCAGCUGAAAAUUCCAUCAGACACACUCUCCAAAUUCCCGGCAUUUGAUAUCUACUACAUCUAUGGCUUCAACAGUGAGCAGUUUGUCUAUUAUCUGACAUUACAACUUGACACUAAACUCACUUCACCUGAUGCUGGCAGUGAACAGUUUUUCACCUCAAAGAUUGUACGGCUUUGUGUGGACGAUCCCAAGUUCUACUCCUACAUUGAGUUCCCCAUCGGCUGCACUAAGGAUGGAGUGGAGUAUCGCCUGAUCCAGGACGCUUAUUUGGCUCAACCGGGGUCCCGUUUGGCUCAAUCGCUCGGUAUUCAAGAGCACGAACAGGUUCUAUUUGCUGUGUUUGCUCAGGGCCAGAAGAACAGAGCCAAACCACCCAAGGAGACAGCUUUGUGCCUGUUCACAAUGAGACAGAUAAAGGAGAAGAUUAAAAUAAGGAUUCAGUCGUGCUACAGUGGAGUAGGCAUACUCUCCCUGCCCUGGUUGCUCAACAAGGAGCUGUCCUGCAUCAACUCGCCGUUGCAGAUCGACGAUCAUUUCUGCGGCCAUGACUUCAACCAACCUCUUGGGGGCACCACCACCAUUGAGGGCAUCCCACUAUACGUGGAUAAGGACGACGGCAUGACCUCCGUGGCGGCCUAUGACUACCGUGGACACACUGUGGCCUUCAUGGGCACUCGUGGUGGGCGGAUGAAAAAGAUCCUUGUCAACAUUGCUUCCCAGCCAGCUUUGCUGUAUGAAAAUGUCCUUGUGAGCGAAGGGAACCCCAUCCUGAAAGAUUUGCUCUUCAGCCCAGAUCACCAGCACUUGUACACUCUCACUGAUCAACAGGUUACGCGAGUACCAGUGGAGAGCUGUGAGCAGUACACUUCCUGCGGCGCUUGUCUGGGAUCAGGAGAUCCUCACUGUGGCUGGUGUGUGCUGCACAACAUAUGCUCGAGAAAGGAUCACUGCGAGCGUGCAGAGGAACCUCAGCGUUUCACCACUAGAGUGGAUCAGUGUGUCCGACUCUCUGUGCAACCCGACACCAUCUCGGUCACCAUGUCAGAAGUGCAGUUGGUACUUCAGACCAAGAAUGUGCCCAGUCUGUCUGCUGGCGUAAAUUGCUCUUUUGGAGACUACAUAGAAACUGAAGGACGCAUCUACGGUGGUCGGAUCUUCUGUCUGUCCCCCUCUGCAAAGGAGGUGGCUCCCAUCACGCACAACCAAGGUGACCAGCGUUUAAUAAAACUGUAUCUGAGGUCAAAGGAGACAGGGAAGACGUUUGUCAGCGUGGACUUUAUCUUCUAUAACUGCAGUGUCCACCAAUCGUGCCUGUCCUGUGUGGAUGGAAAGUUCCCUUGUCACUGGUGCAAAUAUCGCCACAUGUGCACACAGGAUGCCAGCGACUGCUCCUUCCAGGAAGGACGUGUCAACACCUCACAGGAGUGUCCUCAAAUCCUGCCCUCAACUCCGAUCUAUAUCCCUGCUGGAGUUAUGAGACCAAUCACGCUCCUGGCACAGAACCUGCCCCAGCCACAGUCCGGACAGAGGAACUACGAGUGUAUUUUUCACAUUCAAGGCAACAUGCUUAGCGUCCCGGCCCUGAGGUUCAACAGCACAAGCAUCCAGUGUCAGAAGAGCACAUAUGACUACGAGGGCAGUGAUAUAAGUGACCUCCCAGUCGACCUUUCUGUGCUGUGGAAUGGAAACUUUGUCAUCGACAAUCCCUUCAACAUCCAAGCCCACCUAUAUAAGUGCAGAGCGCUGCGGGACAGCUGCGGCAUGUGUCUGAAGGCAGAACCCCGAUUCGAGUGUGGCUGGUGUGUGCAGGACAGGAAGUGCUCCCUCAGGCAGGAAUGCACUAUGGGCAGCAAUUCCCACCUCUCGGUGCAGCUGGCUGAUAGUGGAGGCUGGAUGCAUGCUGCAUCAGGAAACAGCAGAUGCACCCACCCCAAGAUCACUAAGUUGUUUCCUGACACAGGACCCCGCCAAGGGGGGACGAUGGUGACCAUUCUCGGAGAAAAUUUGGGUCUCCAAUUCAGCGACAUCCAGAUGGGAGUCAGGUUAGGCAAGGUGCCCUGCGUCCCCGUCAAGUCAGAGUACCUGAGUGCUGAGAGGAUAGUGUGUCAGUUGAAUGACGCCACAGGAUACAGAGUACAAGAGGCUCAAGUGGAGGUGUGUGUAAGAGACUGCGUUAAUGACUACAGGGCCCUGUCUCCCCGCCCAUUCACUUUUGUGACACCAUACUUCACCGGCAUCCAACCUUCUCAAGGUCCCAUUUCUGGGGGCACCCGUGUCACUAUAGGGGGGAACUACCUCAAUGCAGGCAGCUCUGUUUCUGUCAGCAUUGGACCACAACCCUGCCAUUUUAAAAAGAGGAAUGCCCAUGAGAUCGUGUGCAUAACACCAGCUGGCCUGGCUCCAGGAAGUACAGCGGUCUUCGUGGACAUAGAUGAAGCUGAGCUCAGAAACCCAGAGGUCAGGUUUAACUAUACCGAAGACCCCACAGUGCUGAGGAUUGAACCGGACUGGAGCAUUGCCAGUGGAGGAACUCUUCUGACAGUGAGCGGGACCAACCUUGCAACCAUCCGGGAACCAAAGAUCAGGGCCAAGUACGGGCAGGCAGAGUCUUUCCAUAACUGCACCGUAUACAACAACUCAGUCAUGGUCUGCCUCGCUCCAUCUGUGGCAGACUCCGAGCUGAGUUUUCCCGAAACUGGCACCGGUCCUGAUGAGAUUGGGUUUUACAUGGACAAUGUGGACUCCUUGGUGGUGGUCAAUGAGACUUUCAGCUACUAUCCCGACCCUGUGUUUGAACCGCUGAGCUCAUCUGGGGUAUUGGAGCUCAAACCCACUUCUCCGCUAAUACUUAAGGGUCGUAACCUGAUCCCGGCGGCCCCAGGUAACAGUCGACUGAAUUACACUGUGCUCGUUGGAGAGACUCCAUGCGUCCUCACCCUCUCUGAGAGCCAAUUGCUGUGCGAAUGGCCCAACCUUACCGGACAACAUAAAGUCACGAUCCGAGCCGGCGGGUUCGAGUACUCCCCAGGUACUCUUCAAAUCUACUCGGAUAGUCUGCUUACACUGCCUGCCAUCAUCGGGAUCGGAGGUGGCGGCGGGAUGCUGUUAUUGGUCAUCAUUGCUGUGCUAAUAGCUUAUAAGAGAAAAUCAAGAGACGCUGACCGUACCCUGAAACGUCUUCAGCUCCAGAUGGACAACUUGGAGUCCAGAGUAGCCCUGGAAUGUAAAGAAGCUUUUGCCGAACUCCAGACAGAUAUCCAUGAGCUAACACAAGAACUGGACGGCGCCGGAAUUCCCUUCUUGGACUAUCGGACGUAUGCUAUGAGGGUGUUGUUCCCGGGCAUUGAGGACCACCCUGUGCUCAAGGAGAUGGAGGUACGGGUCCAGGCAAAUGUUGAAAAGGCUCUGACUUUGUUUGGCCAGCUGCUCACAAAGAAGCACUUCCUGUUGACAUUCAUUAGAACGCUGGAGGCGCAAAGGUCGUUUUCAAUGCGGGACCGAGGGAACGUGGCGUCCCUGAUUAUGACGGCCCUGCAGGGGGAGAUGGAAUACGCAACAGGAGUCCUGAAGCAGCUUUUGUCUGAUCUGAUUGACAGAAACCUGGAGAGUAAAAAUCAUCCCAAGCUUCUUCUCAGGAGAACGGAGUCUGUUGCCGAGAAAAUGCUGACCAACUGGUUUACAUUCCUUUUAUAUAAGUUUCUCAAGGAGUGUGCAGGCGAGCCUCUUUUUAUGCUUCACUGUGCCAUCAAGCAACAGAUGGAGAAAGGACCAAUAGAUGCCAUCACAGGAGAGGCUCGCUAUUCUCUUAGCGAGGACAAGCUCAUCAGGCAACAGAUUGACUACAAAACGCUGACAUUGCACUGUGUGAACCCAGAGAACGAGAACGCCUCCGAGGUGACUGUUAAGUGUCUCAAUUGUGACACCGUCACUCAGGUCAAAGAGAAGCUGCUCGAUGCUGUCUAUAAGGGCAGCCCUUACUCUUUGAGACCCAAGGCUUCAGAUAUGGACUUGGAAUGGCGCCAAGGUCGAAUGGCUCGAAUUAUUCUGCAGGAUGAAGACGUCACAACAAAGAUAGACAAUGACUGGAAAAGACUCAACACCCUGGCUCACUAUCAGGUGACAGAUGGCUCUGUGAUUGCUCUGGUGCCAAAGCAGAACUCAGCCUAUAACAUCUCCAACUCAUCCACCUUCACCAAGAGCCUCAGCAGAUACGAGAGCAUGCUGCGAACAGCCAGUAGUCCAGACAGCCUUCGAUCCCGAACACCCAUGAUAACCCCUGACCUGGAGAGUGGAACCAAAUUGUGGCAUCUGGUGAAGAACCACGACCAUUCGGACCAGAGGGAGGGCGACCGGGGCAGCAAGAUGGUGUCCGAGAUCUACCUGACCAGGCUUUUGGCAACAAAAGGCACAUUACAGAAGUUUGUGGAUGACCUUUUUGAGACCAUCUUCAGCACAGCCCACAGAGGCAGCGCCUUGCCAUUGGCCAUUAAGUACAUGUUUGAUUUCCUGGAUGAGCAGGCUGACAAACACUCCAUCACAGACUACGAUGUACGACACACCUGGAAGAGCAACUGCCUCCCUCUGAGAUUCUGGGUGAAUGUGAUCAAGAAUCCUCAAUUUGUGUUUGACAUCCAAAAGAACAGCAUCACGGACGCCUGCCUGUCUGUGGUGGCCCAGACUUUCAUGGACUCCUGUUCAACAUCCGAACACAAACUGGGCAAAGAUUCACCGUCCAACAAACUCCUCUAUGCGAAAGAUAUCCCCAACUACAAGAAUUGGGUGGAGAGGUAUUACUCCGAUAUCUCCCGUAUGCCAGCCAUCAGCGAUCAGGACAUGAGUGCCUACCUAGCAGAGCAGUCCCGCCUGCACCUCAGCCAGUUCAACAGCAUGUCUGCGUUACACGAGAUCUACUCAUACAUCAUCAAAUACAAAGAUGAGAUCCUGUCAGCGUUACAGAAAGAUGAGCAGUCACGAAGACAGCGGCUACGCGGCAAGUUGGAGCAGGUCAUUGACACCAUGGCCUUAGCUAGCUGAGGGUUAAACUGGCUAGUCACUCGGCUUGGACCGCUGCGCAAGAAACCUUCCUGUAGACAGCUUUGCGGUCCCGGACAUUUCAAAUCUGAGCUUGUCACUGUUCUGAAAACAAAUGACAGAAUGAAAGAACAAGGUUAAUGAAGAGACAGCAAAGGAUGGAAUUAUUUGAUUACAUUUUCCUUUUUUUUUUUUUUUUUUUUUUAAACCAAGCUGCAAAACAAGCCUGGAACAACCAAAAUGAUCGGAUACUCGCGCCCAUGUUGACUCCAGUCUAGCAGGGGGCAGUGGUUUGGUUCUGUGAACGCGAAGAGGACCACGACUAAGGUGCAAAUUCAACAGGUUUAAUAUGUGUGAAGACAAAAGAAACUAGGAUACUUGAUCCCAACGUGGGAUUUUCCAUUCAUGUUGCCAUUUUCCAGGGGGGGCUCAUGCUGAUUCAGCGCGACUCCUCAUCAGGGUGGACACUGAGAAGGAAGAAUUUUUGCUGUGGGAAAACUCUUCCUCUGGCACUGAUCAUAAACUGCAUACCAACAGACAAGGACUCAUUACAUGUCAAAAUGUUUUAUUUUGAAGUUUUAAAAGCCUGCCUUUGGUUCGUUGACACAUUUGAUUCUAUCCCCACCAAACUGCCUCCUCUUCUUCGUGCUGUGCCACUCGUGUUUCUGCUGAAUUUGCACAACAAAGUUAAAUCAAAAGAGAGCAAAGGAUAUAUGAACACAUUUAUAGCUAUAUAAAUAUGAACCUUGUUGCUUGAGUUGACAGAGAUGUUUUGCAUUUAAUGUACAAAUGAUAGGUUUGACAGGAUUUGAUAUUUCAAAGUAGAAAUUGUGGAGAAAAAGAGAAAACAAGGAAAAGUCAUUAUGUGCCAUGUUUUACUUUGUUGUUUAGUGCAAAGAGAUGUCUUUUGUUUAGAUAAAAUGUUGUUUGAAAUGUCAUGGUAGUGAGAGUUAAAAAAUAGAUACAUGGCAAAAAUAGACCUGUGAAUUGCAGAAACUUUCUAUAUUUCAUGAGGUUUUCUACAAAAUCCACACAUUUAGGCAUGUUUGAGUCAACGACCCAGAAGAUCUCCUGGAUCCUGGAAAAUAGUCAAUUUAGGGCCAGAAAAUUACACAGUGAGCCAUCAUUCCCAGUUUGCACUAUUUGAUGUUUCUGGUGUGAUGUAUAUAACAGAUCAGAAAUCGACAAUUACUUCCGACACAACAGCAACUGGAGAAGUUAGAAACUUCACAAAACUGUCAUCAUCCCACCAUUCAUCAUUUACACAGGCAUCUGAUACGUCCUCCAGUGUUCCCUCAUUUGUUGUCCAAGCCAUCUAUACAUAAUACUUUACCUGUAUUAACCCAGAAAAAAAGACCAUCUGAUAUUGCUGAAAUUGUCCAUAUAAUGCGAAUGACUGAACUUUCAUUUCAGUUUCAAAUAGUAUGUUUUUUUUUCAUUGUAAGCGGUCCAAUUCGAACCACCCAAAAUUUUGUAACGCCUGUGUUGGGGACUGUGCUGGGUGAGGCUACACACACUUGGCUUGCAACAGACGCUGGAGUCAAAAUCAUGUUUGAAAGGUCUUGCACACUGUCCUGUAAAGAGUAUUUAUUUGUCACGUGUACAAUGUACAGUGGCCUUCAUCCACUUGAUUUAACCCCUUCCCCAGAAUCCAGAAAUUAAUAUUGGCGCCUUGGACACAGGAACUUGCUGAAAACUCAUCUUACAUGUUUUUAGUGUUGGAUUUAUUUUAUUUGUGCGAAACUUUGGAGAAACGAACUGAACUGUGGCGCUAAGUAGAAAUGUGGCUAACAGACUUCCCCUCUUUUGUAACAUUUGAAAAAAACGACCUGUUUUGAUGGGCUGUAAAGUUGCAUAAGUCUGUAAUUGAUUUACUUAUAUUCCUGUCUGCAGUCAAAACUGUAAUGCUAUGAUUCCAUUCUUAAAAUGUGAAUGUGCUUUCUGAAUUGUAUUUGGUUCUAUUUAUUUUUGCAUUAUUUUUCUACGCACUGAAGGCCUUUCUGUAGUUUAAUUUUUUUGGUGUUAUGAGGGUUAAAAAGAAAUUGUAUUUCCAUGUCCCAACGAAUUAUCUGCUUGAAGACCCUUCUUUGUAGAAUUUUGAACAAUUUCAUUUGAAAAAUAAGUUAGCACUGUAAUUACUAGAAAACUGACAUUUGAAAUGCUUUAAAAGCCCUUGUCGCCUAAAAUAUAGACUUCCCAUAUCAAAAUUGAGUGCUUUCAGUCCACCAUAAUUUUGGUAUAGUGACACUCAUGUUGCUGAAAAUUGCCCUGUUCAAACGUUAUCAAAUUUUGUCCCACUGAUUUUUUUCCCAAAACAUUGGUCGAGUUAUAGUGGGGAAAAUACCUGCAAAAAAAAAAAAAAAAAAAACAGAUAAAGGCUAAUUAUUUAUGUAAAGCGGGCUCAUGUAAACCCCGUGAUUGUUUUGCAAAAUAGAGCACAAGACUUGACUGCACCAAGAACCAUGUCCAAUGAGUUUCUGAAUUAUUGGAGAAAUUCUCUAGGAUGUUGAACUUGAUCAAAGGCACAGUUUUUAAAAUGACUUUGAAGAAAAUGAGAAAUGCUGCAAUGGAUUUGUGUUCUUAUUUAACACUGCUCCUCCACCCCCACCCCACCCACCAUGAGGCUCCAUGCAAACAACUUUAGCAGAUACUUCAGGAACCUUGAGCAAAGGACAAGUUAUUAAAAUGUGGCAGGUUUUUCUCAAACUGCAUUUUUUUGGUAGGUAUCAGAAUUAUCUUUUCUCCUCUUCCACACUCAUGCCCGUCAAAAAUAGAAGUAAGAGAUAAAACUGAGACAUUUGUAUUUUUGCAAUGGUUCAUUACUGGAAGAGGUCUAAUUAAAUUGUCUACAUGAGAGCACUUCAAGACACGUUUAUACAUUUGGGUUACAGAAACAAAUAGACUCAAUUUGUUGAUUUUCUGAUCAUCCUUACUCUAAAAUUGGAUGGUCCAGUCACUCACAUUUUAAAAAUGUAUGGGUGUGGUCAAUCAUGUCCGCAGAUAUAGCGUUACGGGUGUGAUCUAUAAGUCAUACCCGCAGAUAUAAAGUUGCGGGUGUGUUUUUUGCUUGUAAUUAUGAGUGCACCCCUUUAAGAGCGGAGUGGGGUGGUGUCAGGUAAACUAGGAAGUAGAAGUAGGCUGAGCGAGACCGCUUGCUUCCGUGUUAAAAAAAAAAAAAAAGACGUCUGGCUGUGGUUCACUGCGCUGGAUCAGUUUUCAUGUGCGCUGAGAGUUUCCAACAAGUGCGUUAUUGUGCAGUGGCAAGGUCAAGACUACAGAAAAUAAGUGAUGUCUUUCAAUUUCUAUGUAUUUUACAAAUUUUACACGCAUGAUUUUUCGUGCUCAACUGCAGAUUUGCGAGAGCGAUGGUUGGAUGACACGUACUUGGAUUUUUAAUAUGAAAUUAAUUUGGUUAGUUCAUCCAAGUUCUGUCCAUCAUUAUCCGUAUAUUUGAGGACAAUUUAUCAAGAUAGCUCUUCGAUCCUUGUGCUUUUUUCCUCUUCCAUUAAUCAUACAAAAGUCCUCUUCUUAGUUAUUGAAAAUGUUUACCCCUUAAUUUCCAGUUCUCCGAUAAGGGUCCCCCAAGGGCUCAUGUUGUUGCCAGGUCUGACGCCGGAAUAGCUGUUUUACAUAAUGAUAACACACACAUUAAAUGUAUCUUUCAGAAGAAGGCAUGUUCCCUUGAGGACAAAAAUGUCUCAAUUCUGGAUUCAGAGGACAGUGGGUUUGAGAAAAGUGGGAAAGAAGCUACCAAUGGCCCUCCUUCAAAACAGUGCCAUCAGUUUUCGUCACUUUACAACAAUGCCCAAAGAUCUCUCCCCCGAAGACAAAACCACCAAAGAAUUAAGAAUUUUAAUUAAAUUUCAUAAUUUUUUUAUUGGUACCUUUCAACCUUCUCAUGGUCACUGUACAAAAUGAAUUAAAAGACUUACACAUAAUACACAGUAUAACCUGUUAAUGGAAAAUGCAAACACAAUAACCACCACCUAACUUUUUAAAGUAAACCUUAUAAACUGUAUGAAUAAGAAAUUGUGACAUAUGGUAAGCUGGGGUCUGAUUUGAAUGUGACCUAGUUGACCUUCCAAUUAAUGUAUUUCUUCUUACCUUCCAUUUAUUGAGGGGAAAAAUGAUUUUAGAAGAAGAAAAACUAAAUUUUCAGAGAAAUUAUGACAACGUACAUUUACAAGAGAAGUGCUACUUUUUAGGCUUUAUUUUGAAUCUUUCAUGUUAUCUUGUGGUGGCACGGUGGAGCAGCUGGUAAAGCGUUGGCCUUACAGUUCUGAGGACCCAGGUUCGAUCCCGGCCCCGCUGGUGUGGAGUUUGCAUGUUCUCCCUCUGCCUGUGUGGGUUUUCUCCGGGCACUCCGGUAUCCUCCCACAUCCCAAAAACAUGCAACUUUAAUUGGACACUCUAAAUUGCUCAUUGUAAGUGUGGCUGUUUGUCUCCAUGUACCCUGCGAUUGGUUGGCAACCAGUUCAGGGUGUACCCUGCCUCCUGCCCGUUGACAGCUGGGGUCGGCUCCAUCACUCUUCGCGACCCUUGUGAGGAUACGCAGCAAAUAAAAUGGAUGGAUGGAUGCUAUCUUAUUUAUUUAAUUUUUGCUCCCAGAGAACUUAGUCAAAUUGUUCGAUCUUAGGGACGUUGUAUCAGUUGUCACUUCAAAUGCUCACUCAUGUGAAAAACUCUUUGAUUUUUAAAAGCAAAAUGCCUAUAUGAAAAAUACCAUGGAAUCAGUCUGACAGUUCUAGACAAUUUUGCCAUAAUUGCUGUUGUCAAGCCUGAAGAAACAAGGCAAGCUAGGCUAAGAUAAUCAUUUUCUAGCUCACGCUUCAUCUAUUACAUGCAUAAAAACUAACAAAUCAAGAAACAAACUCUAGAGAUUUUUUUUCUUUUUCAAAAAAUAGACCAUCCACUCUGAGAUGACACUCAGUUAUGUUGGCCUUUAAUGGAGAGACCUUUACACAUUUAUGUAUCAUUGUUUUUUCUUUUUCUGCUGACUUGUCUUUGAUUAAAUGCCACUAUUGAGACGGUACAAAGGAUUUCACUAAAGUCAUUUGUUAAGAAUGAAAAAGAAAUGCAGAGAAAAAUAAAUGGGUUCGAUAUUUUAUGACCAUCAAUAUGGUAGCUUCAGCCGCUUCUUUAGGUAUUCUUUCACACCCGCGCAAAUAAUCAAGCUGUGUCCUAUUUUGCAAAUUUUUUAAGUGUUCUGUAGAUACAUUCAUCAAGGAGAGAUUAAAUGAGUUUUAGUAAAUCUUUC